AAAUGAAUAAGGCCUUGUCCCUGUUCUCAGGUCAUGUGGACCACAGCGCCCAGAAAGAUACCCAACUGGCUUGGCUCAUCCUGUUCACUGUUUCCAGCAGGUAUUGGGCCACAUGCACCCAGAAUGUGACUUCAUCACCCAGCUGAGAGAGGAUGAGAGUGCCUGUCUACAAGCAGCAGAGGAGAUGCCCAACACUACCCUGGGCUGCCCUAGGACCUGGGAUGGGCUGCUGUGCUGGCCAACGGCAGGCUCUGGCGAGUGGGUCACCCUCCCCUGCCCGGAUUUCUUCUCUCACUUCAGCUCAGAGUCAGGGGCUGUGAAACGGGAUUGUACUAUCACUGGCUGGUCUGAGCCCUUUCCACCUUACCCUGUGGCCUGCCCUGUGCCUCUGGAGCUGCUGGCUGAGGAGGAAUCUUACUUCUCCACAGUGAAGAUUAUCUACACCAUGGGCCAUAGCAUCUCUAUUGUAGCCCUCUUCGUGGCCAUCACCAUCCUGGUUGCUCUCAGGAGGCUCCACUGCCCCCGGAACUAUGUCCACACCCAGCUGUUCGCCACUUUUAUCCUCAAGGCGGGAGCUGUGUUCCUGAAGGAUGCUGCCCUUUUCCACAGCGACGACACUGACCACUGCAGCUUCUCCACUGUUCUAUGCAAGGUCUCUGUGGCCGCCUCCCAUUUCGCCACCAUGACCAACUUCAGCUGGCUGUUGGCAGAAGCCAUCUACCUGACCUGCCUCCUGGCCUCCACCUCCCCCAGCUCAAGGAGAGCCUUCUGGUGGCUGGUUCUCGCUGGCUGGGGGCUGCCCGUGCUCUUCACUGGCACAUGGGUGAGCUGCAAACUGGCUUUCGAGGACAUCGCGUGCUGGGACCUGGACGACACCUCCCCCUACUGGUGGAUCAUCAAAGGGCCCAUUGUCCUCUCGGUUGGGGUGAACUUUGGGCUUUUUCUCAAUAUUAUCCGCAUCCUGGUGAGGAAACUGGAGCCAGCUCAGGGCAGCCUCCAUACCCAGUCUCAGUAUUGGCGUCUCUCCAAGUCGACACUUUUCCUGAUCCCACUCUUUGGAAUUCACUACAUCAUCUUCAACUUCCUGCCAGACAAUGCUGGCCUGGGCAUCCGCCUCCCCCUGGAGCUGGGACUGGGUUCCUUCCAGGGCUUCAUCGUUGCCAUCCUCUACUGCUUCCUCAACCAAGAGGUGAGGACUGAGAUCUCACGGAAGUGGCAUGGCCAUGACCCUGAGCUUCUGCCAGCCUGGAGGACCCGUGCUAAGUGGACCACGCCUUCCCGCUCGGCGGCAAAGGUGCUGACAUCUAUGUGCUAGGCUGCCUUAUCACACCACUGGAGUCCACACUUGAACUUGGGCAGCUACCAUGGGUCUGCCAUGCUCUGGAGGAGCAAGGGGGCCACAUCCCCACCCCAGCUGUUACCCAGCCCGGGGCAGGUGCAGCCCUUCCUCCCUGUCUCUGCAUCUGACUCUCUUUUGAGGUCCCUGUAUGUCUGCCUCUGACUUCUGUGGUCCCUCUGUGUCUGCUCUCAUCCAUUCCUCUUCCUGGGGCCUGGGGCUCUAGCCCGAGGCUCAGAGGAGCCAA